GGUCCAAACUGUCUGAAGGGCAGCUUUCUUAUACCGGUUUCUGAUUCCCCAGUGACCAAACAGGGUCCAAACCCCGACGGUGACGGGACGUAAACCCAAACCCAAACCCAAACAAAUAUAUAACGCUGCACCUCCAAGGAAAGGCAAGACGCGUAGAGAGUUGAGAAUUUUUUGAGAAUUUUGAAAUUCGUCAAACUUUGUCAAGUAGAAGAAGGCAAAGGAAGGAAGGUAGAAAAAGAGAUGGGGAAGCCGACGGCUACGCAGCAAGCGAUGGUGGUGUUCGGAGCCCUAGCGGUUGGAUGGCUGGCCAUAGAGAUGGCUUUCAAGCCCUGGCUUGACAAGGCUCGUGCCGCCAUGGACAAGUCUGACCCUGCUCGCGACCCCGACGAAGACGACGUCGUCAAGGCUGACGAGACCGCUGCUGAUGAAUGAGCCUUUAACUCUUUAAGGUAGCAGACUCGGAAACACUAGUCUAUCUACUAUCUACUACACCAAUAGGCAAUAACAACAAUGGGGCUUUGAAAUUGUAGGUUCUUUAAUGAAUUAAAUUUCAACAACUUUCUCAUUGUGUGAUUGUUGCAAUGGAGGACAUUACUGGCUAGUGAAAUUUCUGAUCUCUC